GCUACGGGUCGUGACGUCGGGGGAGGGGUGUGGUGAAGGAGCCCGGCCGGCCGGCGGGCAGGCAGGCUUGGCCUUGGAUGGAAGAAGAGGAGCCCGGUCAUGGGUAGUAGGAUCGAAUGCGUGUUUUUCAGCGAGUUUCACCCGACCCUCGGUCCGAAAAUCACCUUCCAGGUACCUGAAGAGUACAUCUCAAGAGAAUUAUUUGAUACCGUCCAAGUGUACAUCAUAACAAAGCCAGAGUUGCAGAACAAACUCAUUACUGUUACUGCAAUGGACAAGAAGCUGAUUGGCUGCCCUGUAUGCAUAGAACAUAAGAAAUAUGUGAGGAAUGCACUGCUCUUCAAUUUGGGCUUUGUUUGUGAUGCGAAAGCCAAGACCUGUUCCUUGGAGCCAAUUGUUAAAAAACUGGCAGGAUAUCUCACUACACUGGAGCUUGAAAGUGGUUUCAUCUCUAAUGAUGACAGCAAGCAGAAACUGGUCCCACUGAUGACCAUCAUUCUGGAGGAUUUGAAUGCCCGUGGAGAGUGUUCUCUGCCAAUAGAUGAAUCCAAUACCAUUCACCUGAAGGUGAUUGCACAGCGGAGAGACCAACCCGUAGUACAGGAGUAUGAUGUGCCAGUAUUCACUGAGUGUAAAGAAGAUUUUAUCAAAAUGCACUGGGACCUCACAACACAGCAGAUUCUACCAUACAUCGAUGGGUUCCGUCAUAUCCAGAAGAUCUCAGCAGAAGCAGACGUGGAAUUGAAUCUGGUGCGGAUAGCAGUGCAGAAUUUAUUGUACUAUGGAGUUGUGACUUUAGUUCCAAUAUUCCAGUAUUCGAAUGUGUACUGCCCUACUCCCAGGGUGCAAGAUCUUGUGGAUGACAAGUCCAUGCAGGAGGAGUGUCUGGCAUUUGUUACAAAGCCAGGACACAAACGUGCCAGUCUGAGAGAUGUCUUCCAGUUGUACUGUGGUCUCAGCCCUGGCACCACAGCUCGCGAUCUCUGCUCCCGCUACGCUCAGCAACUUCAGCACGUGGAUGAAAGAAAGCUGAUUCAGUUUGGCCUAAUGAAAGGACUGAUUCGCAGGCUGCACAAGUACCCAGUCAAAGUGAGUUGCGAUGAAAGAAACCGAUCACCACGUCUCUAUACCGGUUCCCAUAGCUACGAUGAGAUCUGCUGCAAAACAGGAAUUAGUUACAAGGAAUUGGACGAGAGGCUGGAGAAUGACUCGAAUAUCAUUGUAUGCUGGAAGUGAGAGUGCCCCUGGCGUUGAGUUGUGCAGUUUUGCAUAAAGGUGAUCAGGAGACUCCAAACCAAAAGGUGGCUUUGUAAAAGGAAUGUGAGAAAGCAACUGAAAAUGCUGACCUGAAAUGGGUCAGUUCUGCUGGCCUGCAGGACUGGUAAAACCUCCCGGCCUCCUCUCUGAAUUUAAAAAUAAGCAAAGAAGUGUGCAAUACGAUUUCCCCUUCAAUAGAUUCUGAGUCAUAGAAGUGAUGACACCUUUUAAACUUGCGUAGAUGUAGUUUUUGCAUUCAGCUAUUAUGUGUGCAUCUUUUCAUAAAUAUGGAAUCACCCUUCUGACCCGUGUAAAUCUCCCAUUGUUUACAAUCCAUUUUCUGGUAAUUAUUCCCUCAACUGCAACUUCGCUCGCUGUUCUGUGCUGUGCUAAUGGUCUGAGCUAGGACACCAAAUAAGAUGGGGCUUUUUUGGAAUCGCCAUUUCUAACGGAUCUGCACCACCCAUGGAUCCACGCUGGAUAGGAUCAAGUCACUGGUCACAUUCUCACUGUUCAAUUUCUUGCCAUCACUGAAAAAUGAGCACAUGAAUGUUUACUACGGACCAAACUACUUACAGUGACUUGUAGGUGAAUGGAAAUGUAUAAACCUGUACAAAUUCUUGCAAUUGAUUCAGAUAAAUGUAAUUAUGUAACAGUAACUAAUGGUUUUUGUGAAAUUUCAGUAAUCAUUGUACCUUAACAGUGAUAUCAGUAAUCAUUUCUAAUGUAUUAAUAAGGACAUAAUAAAUAGGAGUACUCCAUGUGUCCCGUUGAGCCUGCUCUGCCAUUCAAUACAAUUAUGACUGAUCUGGUCAUGGACUCAGUUCCAUCUACCAGCCUUUUCCCCAUUUCCCCUAAAAAGAGGUAAUGUCUACUGCUUCCCUGGGCAGAGAAUUCCACAGAUUCACUACUCUCUGUGAAUAGCAGUUUCUUCUCAUCUCCAUCCUAAAUCUAAUCUCCUGAAUCUUGAGGUUAUGGCCCCUGGUUCUAGUCACAUCUACAAGUGGAAACAACCUGCCUGCCUCUUUCUCAUCUAUUCAUAAUGUUAUAUGUUUCUAUAGAUCGCCUCUCAUUCUUCUGAAUUCUAACAAAUAUAGUCACAAGCAACUCAGCCUCUCCUUCAUCUCCAGAAUCAACCUGGUGAACCUCCUCAGUGCUGCCUUCUAAGCCAAUAUAUCUUUCGAGUGAGGAGACCAGAACUGUAUACAGUACUCCAGGUGCGGCCUCACCAGUACCCAGUACAAUUGUAAAAUAAGCUUGCUGCUCUUAACUUCAAUCCCUGUAGCAAUGAAGGGCAACAAUCCAUUUGCCUUCUUGAUAAUGUGUUGCAUCUGCAAACCAACCUUUGCAAUUCAUGCACAGACACUCCCAAGUCCCUCGGUUCAACAGCAUUCUGCAAUCUUUCACCAUUUAAAUCAGAAUUAGAAUUAGGUUUAAUAUCACUGGGUAUGUCAUGAAAUUAUUGUCUUUGCAGCAGCAGUACAAAAUAAUGGAGAAAAAAAUUGUGCAUUACUAAAUAUAUAAGUACAUAUAUAUAUUAAAUAGUUAAAUAAAUAGUGCAAAAAAGUAACAAGGGUGUGUUCAUGUCUCAUUGUCGAUUGGAUGUGUGCCUUCAGGCUCCUGUACCUCUUCCCUGAUGGUAGCAAUGAGAGCAGGGCAUGCCCUGGGUAAUGGGGGUCCUUUAUGAUGGAAGCCACCUUUUCUUAAGGCAUCACUAAUAAUCUUAUCUUCUAUUUUCCUUCCAAAGUGGACAACCUUGCAUUUAUCAGAUUUGUAUUCCAUCUGUCAGACCCUUGCCACUCAUUUAACAUAUCUAUAUAGAACGAGCAAAAGGUCUUAAGCACGUAUAUGUAGUUAGGGUGCCUAAAAUUUUUGCACAGUACUGUAGUAAUUUUAUCUGUUUUACUCUACUGCUGACACAAAAAAGAAUAAAUGUCAUGAUCUGUGA